AUGCGUUUCAUAGUAAGAUUUCUUCUUAUCUUUUUCUUUUUGGUUUUUUCUUUGAUAGUAAUCAGUUUAUACAAAAAUUAUAAUAGUGUAAACUAUUUUGAAAUGGAAAAUGAUCCUGUUAUUCAAAUAUUAAAGAAUAUUGACAUUCAAAAAAUAUUACCUGAAGAGAAUAUAAAGAAUAAAUAUGGAGUGAGAAAUACAUUCAAGUUAAAUAGAUAUGAAAAUUUAUCUUUAAAUAAAAGUACAAAUAUAAGUAAUGAAAUGGCUAUAAUUAUUGUAAUAUUUCUUAUUACAGUUAUUAUUUUAUUUAUGGGUAUAUGUUGUAUUGUAAUAGCUUCAUUAACAUCUGAAAAAGAAAAAAAUAUUUCUAUACAAAAUUAUCACAAGUCUCAAAAAUUGUAUGAUAAAGAGGCAUGUUUUGAAAAAACAAAAUUAUUUUUAGAAAACUUUAAAAGUGAUUUUGAAGAAGAAUUUUUACCUGAAUAUGCAUAUCAUUCAUAUAAGUUAUAUACAGAAAUCAUCUUUAAUUAUUUUAUAAUAUUCUUAAUUUAUCAAGUACCUUAA